CUUCUAGACUUGCCAGAAGCAACAGAGGACUAAAGAUGAAGAUCUUUUUCUUAUUCACCUUUUCCACUUUUUUCUUGUCUGCUUUUGAACAAGCAGCUGCUUCUGCUCACUAUGACAAGAUUUUAACUCAUAGUCGAAUAAGGGCACGCGACCAAGGACCAAAUGUCUGUGCCCUUCAACAAGUUAUGGGAACAAAAAAGAAAUACUUCAGCACCUGCAGAAACUGGUACCAGGGAGCCAUCUGUGGAAAAAAAGCAACUGUCUUAUAUGAGUGCUGUCCUGGCUAUAUGAAGAUGGAUGGUACGAGAGGAUGUCCUGCAGUUGCUCCUAUUGAUCAUGUAUAUGGUACACUUGGAAUUGUGGGAGCUACCUCCACGCAAGAGUAUUCUGACAUAUCAAAGCUGAGAGAAGAGAUUGAGGGACGAGGAUCAUUCACUUUCUUUGCACCAAGCAAUGAAGCAUGGGAGCAAUUAAAUUCAGAAAUUCACAAGAAUUUGGUUGACAAUGUAAAUAUUGAACUGUAUAAUGCUCUCCGCCACCACAUGGUAAACAAGCGCAUGCUGACAAAAGAUCUUAAGCAUGGCAUGACUCUGGUGUCUAUGUAUAAUGACCAGAAAUUGUUUAUUAACCAUUAUCCUAAUGGGGUUGUUACUGUAAACUGUGCCAGGGUCAUCCAUGGCAACCAGAUUGCUACCAAUGGUGUUGUUCAUGUCAUCGAUCGUGUCCUGACUGCUGUCGGAAAUACCAUUCAAGAUUUUAUUGAGGUUGAGGAUGAUCUUUCAUCACUUAGAGCUGCUGCCAUCACAUCAGAUGUCUUGGAUAUUCUAGGAAGGCCAGGUCAUUACACACUUUUUGCUCCUACUAAUGAAGCUUUUGAGAGACUUCCAAGAGGAAUCCUAGAAAGGAUCAUGGGUGACAAAGUGGCGUCUGAAGCCCUUGUGAAGUUCCAUAUUUUAAAUACUCUACAGUGCUCUGAAGCUAUCACAGGUGGAGCUGUCUAUGAAACCUUGGAAGGAAACACAGUUGAAGUUGGUUGUGAUGGUGAAAGUCUGACUGUGAAUGGAGUGAAGAUGGUGAAACGCAAAGAUAUUGUGACAAGCAAUGGCGUUAUCCACCUCAUUGAUGAAGUGCUAAUUCCUGAUUCUGCCAAGCAAGUCACUGAGCUUGGGGGUGCCCAGCAAACUACUUUUACAGACCUGGUUGCACAGCUAGGACUGGCAUCUUCUCUAAGACCAGAAGGACAAUACACUCUCCUGGCACCUCUGAAUGGUGCUUUCUCAGAUGACACCUUAAGGAUGGAUCAACGUCUUCUUAGAACAAUCCUGCAGAAUCACAUUAUAAAAGUGAAAGUUGGACUCAAUGAACUGUACAAUGGACAAGAACUGGAGACAAUUGGAGGAAAACUACUUAGAGUCUUUGUGUAUCGCACAGCUGUAUGUAUUGAAAAUUCAUGCAUGGUCAGAGGAAGCAAAGAAGGAAGAAAUGGUUUUAUUCACAUCUUCAGACAGAUCAUCAAUCCAGCAGAAAAGACAUUGCAUGAAAUGCUGAGAAGUGAUAAGCGUUUUAGCGUUUUCCUCAGUCUGGUGAAAGCUGCGGAUUUAGAUGAUGUUCUGUCACGGCCUGGGGAAUGGACUCUGUUUGUUCCAACUAAUGAUGCCUUUAAAGGUUUGACCGAUGAUGAUAAGGACAUAUUGAUAAGAGACAAAAAUGCUCUCAGGAAUAUUAUUCUUUAUCACUUGACACAAGGAGUUUUCAUUGGAAGUGGCUUUGAGCCUGGUGUGACAAACAUUCUUAAAACCAUCCAAGGAGGGAAACUCUACUUGAAAACAGUGAAUGAUACUCUUCUGGUUAAUGAACUGAAAUCAAGAGAACCUGAUCUCAUGGCAACCAAUGGUGUCAUUCAUGUCAUUGAUAAACUCCUAUAUCCAGCAGAUCUGCCUGUUGGAAAUGAUCAGUUGCUCACAAUCCUGAAGAAGUUGAUUAAAUACAUUCAAAUUAAGUUUGUUCGUGACAGUACCUUCAAAGAGAUUCCGCUGACGUUUUACAACCCAUCUAUCACACAGCUCACUAAAUUAAUUGAAGGGGAACCUGAGUUCAAAAUAGUCAGGGAAGGGGAGACAAUAACUAAAGUGAUUCAUGGAGAACCAAUUAUUAAAACAUACACCAAAAUCAUUGAUGGGCGACCUGUGGAAGUGACAGAGAAAAAAGUAACAGAAGAAAGAAUUAUUCAAGGUCCUGAAAUAAAAUAUACCAGAAUUACUGCAGGUGGUUCAGACAAUGAAGAAAAGUUAAAGAAGUUGCUUGAAGAAGAGGUUACCAAGGUGACCAAAUUUAUUGAAGGUGAUGGUCAUUUACUUGAAGAUGAAGAAAUCAAAAGACUUCUGCAGGGAGCUGGAACUGAAUACACCAAGGUUACUAAAGUUAUUGAGGGAGAGCCACAGAUUAUCGAGAGAGAAAUCAAGAAAGUCCAUCUGGAAGAAGCACCAAUACGGAAAGUACAACCAACCAGGAGGACACAAGGGGGAACAGGACGAAGGAGGACAAGACUAGCUUAUUCCUAAAAGCUUUCCAAGAUAGAAUCCACAGAAUUACAAAUUAACAACAUGGUCUUUGAGAAGAAAUGGAUUGUGGUUUUUUUU